AUGAUCGACGUCAGGGCUGGAGGCGGCGAGGAGAUGACCGUCGGCGUCAUGGUGCGCAAGAUGCUGGUCAAGCUGGACUGGUACGGCACGCUGUUCCCCCGCAUCCCCGUGCCGAUCCAGAUGAAGGUCCAGAAGCUGCUGAAGGAGCGUUUCCCGGCGAUCGGGGGACCGCAGGCAGGCGAGACGCCGGUGGCGCGGCCGGUGACCCCUGCCGAACGGCCCUCGCCGCGCGAGCGCAGCCCCGGCCGGGACCAGAACAGGGCGCCACAGGCACGCGACAUCGCCGAGGAGAUUGCCAUGGAGAAGGAGCGCAUCCGACGCGAACGCGACCCGGACAUGGGUGCGUUCCAGUGCUGGGUGAGGAUUCGCCAUCCGAAUGUACGCGAAGAUGUGGAUUGA